AUGUUACCAAAAGGAAAAACAAGCCGCUCUGCAUUAUCUCAACUUUUACUUGUUUAUUUAUCAUUAGCAUCAGAUAUGAUUGAUUUAUUAUCUAUAUUUCAAGAAGAUAAAGUUAUACGCAAUAAAGAAAUGGUUUAUUCAACUUUAGCUCUUUUUUCAUGGUCAACAUUUCAAUUUACUAUUAAUCUUGUUGGAACACGUGGAAGAAAUUUUCGUCUUGAACGUGAUUCGUCAAAUCAAGAUUUUAAUCUUACUUAUAAACAACAAUAUUUUCGUCGACAUGGAAAAAAACCAAUACAAACAAUAUGUCAUAAAAUAUGUAAUAGUGAGCUUCCAUCAAUAUUUAUAACUAUUUUAAUGCAAGAUUUACCUUUUCUCAUACUUCGUCUUAUUGCUGUUAUACAUUUUGAAGUGCAAUCCUAUACAACAAUGUUUUUCACUUGUAAAAAUUUUUUAAUUUUAUUUCUACAAUUUUAUCGUUUAUGGUCUAUUUGCAUGGAACAUAUUGGUCAUGAAGAUCACAAUGAUAUAGAUACUUUUUCAGUAUCAUCAAGAACACAAGCGUUAAGAAAACCAUUAAAUACACAGCUCAUUAAACAUGAUAUUGCAUGA